GUAAAACAUAAAGAUGGUAGAUGAGGACAGUAUAGCGGAAGCUCCUUCUGUUUUAAAUGAAGUAUUGGCUGGACAAAAGUUACGUGAAACUAAAAGUGCCAAAUGUUUAGAUAUUGUAGAAUCGAUAACUGUACGAAAGUCUAAAAAGUUACGAAACAUAAAAAAGAAGAAACGUUCUACGGAAAUUAAAAAAUCACAAAAACGAUGUAAUAAGGCGAAUAUGUUAAUAUGUUGCUGUUCACCGCACAGAAAACGGAUCCCACAUGCAAACAAAUUAAGAAAAGCAAAUAUACCUUCUAAAAUCACCAAUCGAUUAUUACUAACGAAAAGUCAAUACAUACGAAUGUUAUCAAAGCCCAAGCCAAAUUAUUAUGCACCAAAUAUAUGUGGCAAGCCAAUAAAAAAACAACGAAAAUCUGCUUUUUAUCAAAUACCAAAUGCAGAAAUUACUCGAUUAUCAAGACCGACACGAGCAAAACUACUUGUAACUUUUCAAAAAUAUCAUGAUGUUUUACCAGCUUCCAAACUAGAAAGUUUAUUUUCACAAUUACAACGAGGAAAUGAUGACGAUAAUAAAAAAUCGAAAAAGAAAUGCUGUGAAUUGUAUGCUAUUGAAUGCCUUGCAACCAAAUUUGCCAUUAAAUUAACGGCAUUCUUAACAUUGCAAUGCAAUAGAAGCCGAAAUAUUCGUACAAUCGAAACUAUAGCAGAAUUAAUAUUUUUGUUGCUGAGAUCGGCGGAUGGUAAAUCUUGUCAUGCUAAUAUUUGUACAAUUAGUGAAGAUAUGUGGGAAUAUUUAUGCGCAUCAGCACAUUUUCUUGCAUGCAUUUUAGAUGUUGUUUAUUGUAAAUAUGAAACUAUAAAAAAACGACCUCCGGCAGGAUCUGACAAGUCAAGAAAAAGAGAUACUGAAGAUAAAUCUGACAGCUUUUCUAGUGAAGAAUCUUCUCAAAGCGAUGAUGGUAGCGCUUAUGGUACAGCUCAUCUUGAAAUUUCCAAAACAAAAAUAUCUCCUUUUUAUUCAACUGAAGCUCAACAGGGACGGCACCCUGACCAUUAUAUAGAAAUAGCUGAUGAUAAAUAUAAUAAGAAUACCGGACAAGCUGCAUUUUCACAAUUAAGUCGUUUAGAACGAGAUAGAACUCCAACUCGAAAACAAUUAUAUCAACAAAGAGAUCUUUCUCUAAAACAAAAUUCUAGACAUUAUUUAGAAAUUAACACUGGUGAUGAUAAAACUGGCCGAGCUACUGUCUUGAAAUUAGAACGUCUGGAACAAGAUCGAACUCUUCUCGGAAAACAACAACUUUCUCAAAAAUCGGAUACUCCCAAAGCACUUAAAACAUCCAAAUUGGAGAAACUAAAAAUUUUGGAGCAAGUCGCACCUGGCAAACCACAAUUUUCUAAAAAAGUUGAUAUCAAAACACAAAAAACUUCCUUUUCUGUUAGAAGACCAAGAUCCGCUAUUGGUGUGUCCGACAUUCCUAACCUGAGAUCUCCCAAAGAUAAGCCUGUGAAACAAGAAGGUAGUACCACAGAUUUUUCUGAAGAUGACGACAAAGGUUUUAGAUAUAAAACAGAUCCACGGGACCAUCAUGGCUAUCAUACCCCCAAACAAGAAUCUCCCAAAAGCCUUAAAGAUAUAAAACAAAAACACCUUGGAGAUAAAGAUUCUUCUGAUGACGAUCAGGAUGGAAAAUAUAAAUCAGCAGAGAAACACAGGCAUAGUUCUUCAAAACUGACUUCUCCUGAAAGUCCCAAACAAACAUCACCAAAGGAUAAAAAACAAAAAGACCGUAGAGAUCGUGACUCCUCGGAUACUUCUCCAGAUAGAGAUUUACAAAAAGGGCGUAGGCAUAAAUCAGACGACCGGCCUGAUCUUGGUUCCUCAAAGAUAUCUCCAACUGAUGGAAAACAAACAUCCCCGAAAGAUAUUUCACGAAAACGUCGGGCAGAUAUAGAUUCUGCUGACGAUGAUCAAGAUGGAAAACAUAAAUCAGCAGAUAAAUAUAGGCAUGUUUCCUCAAAAGAGGAAUUUCUUAAAGGCCCCAAACAAACAUCACCAAAGGAUCAAAAACAAAAAGAUCGUACAGAUCGUGACUCUUUGUAUUCUUCUUCAGAUAGUGAUUUGCAAAAAAGGCGUAAGCAUAAAUCACACGAUCGAUCUGAUAAUGGUUUUUCAAAGAGAUCUCCUACAGAUGGAAAACAAACAUCAUCCAAAGAUACUUUACAAAAAUAUCGUGGAGAUAGAGAUUUUUUUGACGACAAUAAAGAUAGAAUACAAAAAUCAGCAGAUAAACAUAGGCAUAGUUCCUCAAAAGACGAUUUUCUUAAUGGUUCCAAACAAACAUCACCAAAGGAUAAAAAACAAAAAGAUCGAAGAGAUCGUGACUUUUCGGAUACUUCUUCAGAUACUGAUUUUCAAAAAAGGCGUAAACAUAAAUCAGACAUCCGACCUGAUCAUGGUUCCUCAAAGAGAUCACCAAAUGAUGGAAAACAAAGAUCCUCGGAAGAUACUUCAAAAAAACGUCGUGGAGAUAAAGAUUCUCCUGACUACGAACAAGAUGGAAAAUAUAAAUCAGCCGAUAAACGUAGGCAUGGUUCCUCAAAAGAGGAUUCCCCUAAAGGUCCAAAACAAACAUCACCAAUAGAUAAAAAGCAAGAUCAUAGAGGUCGUGACUCUUCGGAUACUACUUCAGAAAGAGAUUUACAAAAAGGGCGUAGACAUAAAUCAAGCGAACGACUUGAUCACGGUUCCUCAAAGAAAUCUCCAACUGAUAAAAAACAAACAUCCCCAAAAGAUACUUUACGAAAACGUCGAGAAGGUAGAGAUUCUGCUGACUACGAUCAAGAUGAAAAACAUAAAUCAGCAGAUAAAUAUAGAUUUGGUUCUUCAAAAGACGAUUUUCUUAAGGGUUUCAAACAAACAUCACCAAAGGCUAAAAAACAAGAAGAUCGUAGAGAUCGUGACUCUUCAGAUACUUCUGAUAAUGAUCAGAAGUCUAAGGAAACUAAAAGAAAUCGAAAGCAACCAUCAUCGAAAGGUGCUUCACAAAAAGAUCGUAAAGAUCGAGAACCUGUAGAUUCUUCUGAUAAAGAUUUGCAUGAUAAACAUAAAUCAGAAGACCGACGUAAGCAUUUUUCUUAUAAAGAAGGGUAUAUAGAAAGUCGAAAAAAAUCACCAAAGGACACUAUAGAUUCUUCCGGUGAGGACUUAGGUGGAAAAUCUAAAAAGCGCUAUGACGCUCACCGCGGUUGGCAUGAACCAAGAAAGAAAAAUGAUAAUGACCGUAGUUCUUCAGAUUUUUCUGAUGAUGACCAUAAAAGUAAAAAAUUAAAAAGUCUACCUGGAGAUGCAUAUUCAAAAGAGAAAAAAUCGGCACACCGUGGUUGGCAUAAAACAAAAGACAGUUCCCCAGAAGAUAACAGGCAGACAUUGCCGAAGAGUAGAAAGCAUAAAGACCUGAAAGAUCGUAGGUCUUCUUCAGAUCUUUCUGAUGGAGAUUUAGCUGCUAAACAUAAAAAUGAACUAACGAAAUAUGAAUCCCGAAGAGAUCAAAAACAAAAAUCUACGAAGGAUGGUUCUUCAGAUUCUGAUGACAGUGAAGAUCUAAGUAAACGUAAAUCUGGACCUAGAAGUCCCAGGCGGUACACUUCAUCAUCACCUAGAUCUCAUUUAUCGAGUAGCCCAUUACGAGAAAGUCCAGAUGCACAUGGUAAAGAGUCUCCAGAAAGUCCAUAUGGCAAAAGAAGGAAACAUCCGGAUAAAAAGCGAACUUCUAGAGGAUCUCUUUCUGGAAAAUCGUCUCUUAAAUCAGAAUCAAUGCUCGACGCUCUAGAAAAAGAAUUAAGCAAAAGCCCAACAAGGGAUAAAAACUAUUUCAGAUCGAAAAAGACCACUGAAAGUGAAAAAGAUGUAAUUAGGGAUGAACAAGGGCGACCUAUAAAAGACUCAAAAAUAUCUGAUCGAAAAUCGAAGGAUAAAAUUGAGAAAACUAAAUCAGGUUACAUAGACAAAUCUGUGAAAGGAAAAACUAGCAGAGACAUGUCUGAUGAUCUUAGUAUUGAUGAAAAAAGUGAUGAUGAUGUAGAAAAAGGUAAAAAACGAGCCGUUAAACCCAAGAAGGAAGGUAUAAAAGACGAAGCAGAAUUAUCAAGUGAUAGUGGCGGUAGUCAAAAACACAUUAGCGGUGAAAAGCUGAAAAAUGGUAAAAAGGACACAGGAGGUGAUAAGGAUUUAAAGUCACCUGAAUUAAAAAAGACGAUUGCAAGUGAUAGUAAAUCAACUCUUAAAGAAAUCAAAUCUAGAAAAGAGGAGGAUAUAAUAAAAGAUAGAGAAGCUGGUAUUAAACUUAGUGGUAUGUUAGAUCAAGAAGAGAAAAUGCGAAAAGAAAAAGAUCGACAAAAGAGUGAAAAAGACAAAAGUUCCGAUGAAUCAGAAACUGGAACUUCAUCAGUGAUGGAUACACAAAAAACAAAAAAAGAUAUAGACAAGAGAGAUAAGACAAAAGAUAGGGAUGAAACUGAAAGCGAGGCGUUGUCAGAACUUGAAGUACCACACAAAAUGGAAAAAGGUUUUACAGACAAAGAAGGCAAGAAAAUGGACUAUUCUGAAAGUGAAUUAUUAGAAGAUAAAAGAAGAAAAGACAAGAAAAAACCCGAUACUGAUCUUGAAAGUGGGGUAUCAUUAUCAGAGACAGAAGACGAAAGAAAAGAGAAGAAAGGCAAUGAACUUAAGACAAAAGAUGAAAGUGGUCGUGAGAGUAAGGGAUCCUCAGAAUUUGAUGGUAUGACACCAGAAAAAAGGAUUACAGAUAAAUUGCCUCAGGAAAAAAAACCGUUUGAAUCACGUAUUAAAGAUCAAGACGAAAAUGAUUUGAAAUCUGAUAAAAUCGUAGAUGAUAUUUCAAAAACGCAAAAAAGAGAUGUGGGUAAAGAUUUUCAAGACGAAGAUCAAGUCAAAUCAGAAGGCAAGAAGAAGCUUGUUGAAGACGAUAAAAUAAUCGAUGCAGAUAAAAGAAAACAAAUUGAAGAUGACUUAAAACACAUUAUGGAUGACGAGGAAAAGAAAUCAAAAACAUCCAAAAUGCCAGUUAAAGACAUUAAAACUGAUAGGGAAAAAGAUUUGGUUGGUUUCUUAGACGAGAAAAAAUAUGAUAAAAAAGAUCGUUCUGAAGAAAGUGAAACAACCUCUGAAAUUGAUUCGGAAACUGAAGAAAGUGAUAAACGUAAGAAAGAUUUACCGAGGGUAUCCUUACCAGAUUACAUUCAUGGUGAAGACAAAGAAUUGCCUAGAUACAAACCAAGCAAAAUAAAGGACAAACCAUAUGUUGAAGAAGAAUAUGUAAAUGACCAAGUGACAAAACACGAGGAAAAACAAAGUAUAAAUGAUGAUUAUCUUCAAGGUCAAGAUAUUAUAAAAGCACUUGAAAAGGGUGGAAGAUCAAGUUCUGUAAUAGGUGGCCACAGAUACGAUCAACCAUCCAAAAGUGAUAAUAAAAUCGAUGGAAAAUUGAGAUCGGACUUUAUGGAUGAUGUCGUAGUUUUAAAUGUCAAAGAAUCUGAUAGUAUUGAAAGUGAUAUUAUGAGUAGUGGCCACAGGAAGCUUUUUAUUUUUCCAAAAGUGAAACAAGCAACUUAUCCAGCUUCAGAUAUUCGACUUGAUAAAGAUAAACGAAUUAAAUGUCCUUUUUAUGGUAGAAUAACACAGAAGUCGCCAUAUGUGGACUAUGGCUCAAGUCACGAUAAACAAAAACAUAUUUCUAGUCUUACAAAAUGUAUAAUACCGCAUGUGAAUAUAAUGCCACAUGGAACAGAGAGAAUUUGUUGUGCUUCACUUAAAGCAUGGGCAUUAUGGAUAAAAGAUGUUGCUGAAUCUGCUAAAGUUUGGUGUCAUUGGAUUAAUACAGUUAUUUGUGAUAUGCAAACGAUUACUGCAUUGAUGCGAGGUGAAAAGAGUGAAAGGGUAAUAACGUGUGAAGAUUGGCGUAACUUUGCACAACGCUUUGACAGUGAUAUAUGUAUAUGGCAUCAUUAUAAUAAACAUGUCGAAAAGAAUACAAAACAAAUUUUAAAUUAUUGUAAUUGUGCUCGUGUUACACAAUAUUGUAAUUUAUGUCAACGAGAGAAUUUACAAAGUUCAAGUAAAAAUGCUGAUCAUCUUUAUAAACAAUUAGCUGUCGCAUUGAAAACAACAAAAUAUUGGCGUACAUGGUUACAUUCAAUGGUCUUAGAAUCACAAUCGUUGUUUGAUUUAAUUGAAGGUGUGUAUAAUAUAUUAGUUUCAUGUAAAUAUGCCGCAUAUCGUCCAAAAUGUAUUUGCAAAUGUAAUGACAGAUUCGCACAAUGUUCCAUAUAUUCAAUACGGAGUUUGCGAGAAUAG